CUUCAGAACUCGCUUCUCGCAUUAAUCACGUCGGGAAACGAAAUGUACGAAUUCUUCAAACGCAAUUCGGACAAAUGGAACAUCAUAGAUUUUCUAAACGAAUGUUAUAUGGAACCGUUCGAACGAAAGAUAGAUCAAUACCUUAGAUGUCUUGAUACAAUUGCUGGCUGUGAUAAAGGCAAGAGGAAGGAAAGAGCUGAGACACUUCUUAAUAGAUACAGAGAGGCAAGUGAAAAAAAUAGUAGCGCGACAGAAAGUACCCACUCGGUUCUCUGUCAUUCAAGGCCACUCGCCAAGCUACAAAACCAAUGCUGGGGCACAGGUGACCCACUCGGUUGUCUGAUGUUCAAAGGCUACUCGCCGAGCUGGCAUUGGACCCACUGGGCACAAAUGACCCACUCGGAUCCUCAAACAGAUCGAAAAAAAGCGAGAAAGUGGGAGAAAGAACGUUCAAGCAAACAAGUUCACCUACACCAGCCAACGUUUGUGGAUGGGACUGCCAUAACCAAUGGAACUAAUAAUGGAACUAUAAAUGGAACAGAAACAUUCAUCAAAAGAGAUUCUUCUUCAAUCGGAAGAACGUUGAGAAGAAGAAACCAAGUAAACUAUGCCGAAAGCUCAUUAGAAGAGGAGACGGAUUCAGAUUAUGAGAAUAAACCAAAGAGAGUGAAAAAAGUAUCCACUCAAUCUUUGGAUAGAUCUUCCAAUUCCCUCCCGAACUUAUCAGAUGAUAACGAGAGUGAUGUGAGCGAGAGUGAUGAAAGGGAGAGUGAAGCAAUUAUUAUCAAAUUGGGUAGAUUAAAAAAACGACUAGAAUCUCAAUCAAGAAAUGAGUGGAUCGUAGGCACAAUUAAUGUGUCAAAAAAGUUUAAAGAAUACCAAAUGCAGUUAAUCGAUAACGUAAUAGAGGGUAAAGUAAAAUUAGCAUGGAAUGACAAAGCACUUACAUCAAUAAUAGUAUUGGUUAAACAAUGCCCAUAUUCUACGUUUACCUCUUAUGAAUGGAAACAAGUAGUUAAUGCCAAUCCUUACAUUAUCAAGGAAUCGGUUUGGGCCAACUCUUUUGCAUCUUCGUUAUCUGAAGCAUGCAAUAACAUUGCAAUAGGAUUAGAUGAUGAUUUCAUAUCAAAUGGCGAAAGUGAUCUUAGUAAAAAAGCUAGCAGAAAAAGAAGACUUACCAUCAGUCAAACAAAAAAGAUCACUGAAAAUGAGCAUCGAUUUAACUAUUUAGAUCCUUUGUUGAGACCAUUUUUCUGUGAAGAUUCAAAAGAUUACGAAAUAAGGUUAGAUAAAAGCGUAAAUGGAUCACUGAGAAGACCAGAUUUUAGUUGUAGAAUCGAUAAUGUUGCAAUAUUAAAUUCCGAAGUAAAGCCAUUGGGUUGCACAGAAUUACAAAAAGAUAAAGAUUUUGUUAAGGUACAUUUACGGUCUAAGAGCUCAAUAAAUCAGCUGUUAAAUAAAGGUGAUGAUGUAAAUUCAUAUUUUAUGAAUUUACACUAUGAUCGUAUAUAUUGGUCAUGUCCUUUACUUGCCACUAAGUUAGUAACGGAAAGAACAUUAUUUCCAAUGUUGGUAUUGUCAAUUUAUCAUAUUGAUAAGAUAGAGCAACAAGUUCAGAGAAUUGCGAAUGAUUAUAUAGAUAGAAGGUCAAGUUAUUAUAUUUCUCCUGAACAAGUUGAAUACAUUAUUGAAGAACUAGGUUCAUCCGAAUUUAAAGAAUUAUUGAGGAACAUGGAUACACAGGCAAAAGCUAAUAAAACAUUGACUCCUGAAUAUUUGGAAUGGGAAGCUAAAUUAACAGAAUUGCCAGCAUCAAUUUCUAUUCUACCUAAAGAUCUCAAAGAAAGGCAACAAUAUGUUAUUGAAAUGGUAUUAGAACGAUUUCCUUAUUUAACUUUGAAACAUAGUUUUAAAUAUAGUAAUUAUUUUGAUUUUAAUAGAUCUGUACUCUGUCCUAUAUGCAAUAAAGACCAUAAAAAAGAAAAUAUAAGAGUUAAUAUAGAAGGUUUAUGGGGGAGUGGUGAUUAUGUCAAUACAAAAACUUAUCAUCUCUAUUGUUAUAUAAAUAAAUAUCAAAAUUCAAUCUCAAUAGUAACAGUAAAAGCAUAG